AUGGAAACGGCGGAAAACCACAAAUCAAAUGAAGUUCUAAGCAACACGAAUCCUUCACCUUCGCCCAAAAAGAAAUUCAAAUCGUUCACAACUCAAUUUGACGAUGACUUGGACGGCGCUGAACUCAGCAAAACUUCUACUGCCGGAAUGGGCUCUCGUCGCGAGAUGGAAAUUUAUUUACAAAUGAACUUAUCUAACCAUCCAGCAUUAGAUGACGAGAAUGACAAUCCUCUUCUAUUCUGGAAAGAACAAAAGCAAAUAUUGCCGCAUAUGACCAAAUUAGCCAGGAGAGUAUUUAGUAUCCCUGCAUCAUCGACAGCUGUCGAAAGAACAUUCAGUUCAGCUGGUAAUGUGAUUUCUCAACGAAGAACAAACCUCAGUCCAUCGACUGUUAAUGAUAUUAUCCUUGUUCGAUCGGCUGCCGAUCGUUGGAAGAAGAGUUGA